CCGGGCCCGGCCCAACCUGCCUCCGCGCCGAGUGAGGGGUGAAGAGGACCGAGGAAACGCUCGCCCUAUUGUCUCAGGACAUCACCCCCAACCCUUCCAGAAACACAGUCAUAUAUUCUGGAAGCUUUAACGCCAUGUCCAAGGAUUUGCUGACAUUUGGGGAUGUGUCUAUAAAUUUCACUCAAGAGGAAUGGGAGUGGCUGAAUGAUGCUCAAAGAGAUUUGUACAGGAAGGUGACGUUGGAGAACUACAGGAGCCUUGUGUCGCUGGGAAUCCCUGUUUUUAAACCAGCUGUGAUCUCAUUACUGGAACAAGGAAAAGACCCCUGCAUGGUGCAGAAGGAGAGACAAAGAGACACAUGUCCUGAUUGGAAGUAUGUAUUCAAUGGCACUGAAUUUUCAUUAAAGCAAGGUAUUCAUGAAGAAUCUGCCAAAGUCCUAACAAUGGGAAGAAGCCAUCUUGGUUACAGCCUUGACUGUCCCAAUUUGAAAGAAGACCAUGAAAGUGAAGACUGGUUUAGGAACAAGUUGGGAGGUCAGGAGGUGCAUUCUAAUCAGUUGCUCAUUUCUCAUAAGGAAGUCCGUGAAGAUCAAAGUAAUGGGUGUAAUCCUUCUUGGCAAACAUUUCCUCAGGAUGCAAUACUAGAUAUGCCACAAAGUUUCUCUACCAAAGAAAGAAUACACCAGUGUGAGCCCCAAAAGAAAAGUCACCGAAAAAAGUCUGUUGAAGUGAAACAUAAGAAGGCCCAUGCAGAAAAGAAAAUUCUGAAGUGUAAUGACUGUGAAAAAGUCUUUAACCAGAGCUCAUCCCUUACUCUCCAUCAGAGAAUUCAUACUGGAGAAAAACCCUAUGCAUGCAUUGAAUGUGGGAAAGCCUUCAGCCAAAGCGCAAACCUAGCUCAACAUAAGCGAAUACACACAGGAGAGAAACCUUAUGAAUGUAAAGAGUGUAGGAAGACCUUCAGCCAGAAUGCACACCUUGCUCAGCAUCAGAGAGUUCAUACUGGAGAAAAACCUUAUCAGUGUAAAGAAUGUAAAAAAGCCUUCAGCCAGAUUGCACACUUGACUCAGCAUCAAAGAAUUCAUACUGGAGAAAGACCUUUUGAAUGUAUUGAAUGUGGUAAAGCUUUUAGUAACGGUUCAUUUCUUGCUCAGCAUCAGAGAAUUCAUACCGGAGAGAAACCUUAUAUGUGUAAUGUGUGUGGAAAAGCUUUUAGUCACCGUGGAUACCUAAUUGUACAUCAAAGAAUUCAUACUGGAGAGAGACCCUAUGAAUGUAAGGAAUGUAGGAAAUCUUUCAGCCAAUAUGCACACCUUUCUCAACAUCAGAGAGUCCAUACUGGAGAAAAACCUUAUGAAUGUAAAGUAUGUAGGAAAGCUUUUAGCCAGAUUGCUUACCUUGAUCAACAUCAGAGGGUUCAUACCGGAGAGAAACCCUAUGAAUGUGCUGAAUGUAAAAAGGCCUUCAGUAAUAGUUCAUCUCUUGCACAGCAUCAGAGAAGUCACACUGGAGAGAAACCCUAUAUGUGUAAGGAAUGUAGGAAAACUUUUAGCCAAAAUGCAGGCCUUGCUCAACAUCAAAGAAUUCAUACUGGAGAGAAACCAUAUGAAUGCAAUAUCUGUGGGAAAGCCUUUAGUUACAGUGGAUCUCUUACCCUGCAUCAGAGAAUUCAUACUGGAGAGAGACCUUAUGAAUGUAAAGACUGCAGGAAAUCUUUCAGGCAACGUGCACACCUUGCUCAUCACAAGAAAGUCCAUACUAUGGAGUCAUUCUUGUCCCUUUCCUCUCCAUCAUCCUCUACAUCCAGUCAGUUGCCAAGAGCUAUAGUUUGAUCUCCUAAAUAUGACCCAAAUUUGACCCAUUAGAACCAUUUAUGUUUCAUUAUCCUUGUCUUCUACAUGUUAAUCUGUGUUAUGUGGAAUAUUGAAAUGGCUUUCCAGUGUAUUCACUUAUGCCUCUGUCAGUUUCCACACUUCAGCAAAACCUAAAAAAUCAACAACAAAUUUUCGUCAUAUUAUCUAUCCCUCAUUAACUAAGAUUUCUUACUGAUACCCAGAAGUUUGUAGGGAAAAAGCACACAGUCCUUAAAGUAACCUAACAGGCCACCUUGGCCCUAGAACCUUGUUUCAAACUACCUUUUAAAACCUUCAUGUCAAUAUUCACCACUCUCCCUUUUUUGAUACAUACAGAAUUAAAAUAGAUCUAGGCUUCAUCCUUGCUCUUUUAUCUUCUAUCCCUAAUUUUUAGGAGAGCAUUUGGUCCUUUGUAACCUUCAGUCUUAUUUAUAUUAUGGUACCAAUAAUGGCUCUACCUCAAAAGUAAUUGGGGCAAGUAAAUAAUGCAUGUAAAUUUCUUAGCAGAGUGCUUAGCAUAAAAUAGUAUUAAUCCAAAAUAAA